UAUUUGCAGUUGUCAACUCUGAAGCAUGUUUCUUUGCUGUUAACGGAUCCAGUGGGUUCAUCAGCUCCAGUGGAACCAACAACUACAAGCGUUGUACGUGGAUCAUCACAGCACCAUCUAACCAAACCAUCAAACUGAUAUUUACGACCUUUCGUUUAUCUGGUUAUUUCUGGAAUCCAACCGAGAUCAAAGUUUAUGACGGAAAAAGGAAAAAUGAUACUGUACUGGGAGUUUUUAAUGGAACAAGACAGCCCUUCCUCAUAAAAACGAGUGGUCGAUUCAUGAUGUUGACUUUAAAAAGGAAAUACCCACAGAGCCUUUGUAUCUUUAAUGGAGCAUAUUACACGAAAAUAAAAGGUUAGCGAUAGUUAGUUAUCAAAACAACAGAAUUUUAACUACAUAAGAAUGCUAAUUAGCUCAUUAUUAAAAUUAGUUUGACUAAUAACGCGGCUCACGGUUCGCGGGUCGCGGAUUGUAUGUCGCGGGUGCGGGUUUGAUGUCACGGAUGCGGGUCGAAAGUCGCGGGUGCGGCUUUCGAUGUCGCGGGUGGAAGUUAUUUUGCGUGAAAUUCGGGUUAGAGUUCGAGGUAAAUGACUAAAAUGACUGAUAAUAUGUAGGUACUAACUCCUCUAAGCCACUAAAAAGAAUCCUCCUUUUCAGGGAGGGUCUACUAGGUGAUCGAUAAAAAAUUUCACAACUGAAUUGAAAUAACUCCCUCGUCAAACUUAAAGUCUUAAAACGUUUACAGCGAAAAAAAAAAUUAUGCACAAGACUCCACGGUAGCAACCAACAGCCAAUUUACAGGUUACGAAUGUCAGAGUCAAUAUUACUGUCUAAAGGAAAACCUAAAAGAAAAAUCGGGCCGAAUUAUGUUUGUUUCUUAUCGUAUAUCGGGCCCGGACGAAUAGUUAUGUGUUAAAAACCUAGUGUUCCAUUUCAGUGACCCAGGUAAAAAGGUGCUAAGUAAGUUUUUACACAUGAAUUCACCUGUCAAAACUUUCACCAAUCUGAGACUAUCGAUUGGUUCUGGAGCGUGAACAAAUGCCUGACCAAGCUAAAAGCACAUCUUUCAAACUCUAUUUGUGAAAGGGUUUUUUAUCAUACCGUAUUUAUUCGAAUAAGCGCCCAACCUCGAAUUAGCGCCCACCUCGAAUAAGCGCCCAUGUUAAAGGCAGAAAAAGUCAAUAAGCGCCCAGCCUUGAAUAAGCGCCCACCCCACACAACUCCCUCCCAUAAAAACUCCAUCAAGAGAUAACAAGAGAGAAUGAUCUCAUUCUCUCUUGGAGAUAAUAAGAGACCCUCCCGAAGACGGAGUUUUCUUCAGAGUAUUUUACAGACACCUUGCUUUGCUACAUCUUCGCUUUUUGUUAUUACCACUUACUGUUUUGUUGCAAAAUAUACUACUACACUUGCUGAGAAUGGUGAAAAUUUAAUAAGCGCCCACCUCGAAUAAGCGUGCACUCUUAAGGUCCAAAAAUUUAAUAAGCGCCCAGGGCGGUUAAUCGAAUAAAUACGGUAAGUUAAACAAACGAAAUCCAAGAUCUUUAUUGGAAUUUUCUCGCAUCGAUAGAUUUCAAUAUUUUAUAGCAAUGGAGGUUCCACCACACCUGUAUGCUGAAGCUCCGCUAGAUAUUCUUGGGAUUCAUUGAGCGAGGUGUUCUAAAGAGUGUUCGCUUAUAUUUUUGAAGUAGGUUUAAGCAACUCUAAUUUUGCUUGUAACCUGAUAUAACUUGAAAUCGGAACAUCUGAGAAACGUGCUAAAUUGACUUUUUCAGAAAAGCCGAGGAUAAGGGUACCGUUGAAGGAGUUGCAAACUGUACCAAACCAUUAUAUCUGGUUUCUGCUGGAAGGUACCCCACCGUUUAAAUUGACUCUGGUGAAUACGUCAACAUCUUUUGAGGGCGGUCUCAACAGAAAAGGAUUUCAAAUAAAUCGGACGGGAACCUACAAGUACACUCUACUAGCAGUAAAUGAAAAAGGAAUUGACUCAAAAACGGUUGAAGUAACCGUUCUGGGUAAGGAUUCAAUGCUGUUAAAUUUCAUUCAAUGUAGAUAAGACAUUUUGCAAUUAACAACCAUUAUGAUAGUAGUUCGCUCAAACAGUUGUGUUGAAUUUUGUCCUUAUUUUAUCCGUUGAUGAUUCAGUUCAUUCCGGGAAAAAUGAAUGUAAAAAGUUUUAGAUUACGUACUUGCUUUUAUUUUGCCAAUGUUUUGAACACCAGAACACGGGUAAUUUGUGCCCAUUUAGGUUUGUAAACAAUAAGAAUUUACCAAAUAAUAGAAAUUUGGGUUUCGCCAUUAAUCAAUGAGUAAAAUUAAAAUUCCUUAUUGUCUAUUAAUACUGUAUUAAUGCAUAUAUCGAAGUGUGCCGCUUUCUUCAAAAAUUCCCCCUACCAAAUGCCUUAUUCUUGCGUUCAUUCACUUCGCAGAUUGCAAUCAUUGGUGUCGCAGUAAAGGUUCGAUAACAAGUUGUGGCCAAGUUACCAACGAACACGACUGUAGUAAAAGCAACAUAACACAUAAUUGGAAAUGCAUUCCAACAACAACCACUAAAUUGUAA